AUGACCCCUGGCUCCAUGAAGGUCGAUGCAGUCAACUCCUUCGAGCGCCUCGUGAACAUCUUCUGCCUGGUGUGCGGCGUGAUGGUCUUCAGCUCGCUCAUCUCCCUGCUGUCCGCCAAGCUCACCCAUAACAUCAUGCUGAAGCAGGCCGUGCCGCUCGCCAAGAUUACCGACGCGCACGAGGAGGGGAAGGUCAAGCUGGUGCUGAGCUUCACGUCGGGGCUCAACUUCGCGCCUGUGCUUGCGUCGCUGGUGCAGGCGGGCGCGGAGUACAAGCAGGGAACCGCCCCCAUGGGGCACCUCGAGCGUUUGCUGCACACAGGGCUGCAGGAGUUCGAGAGCAUGAUGCAGGAGUAG